GCGUCCCGCUUCCCCUUCACCCCGGACCCUGCGCACGCGCGCAACCCCGCGGCCCGAACAGAGGCGGGGGGGGCAAGGCGGGGCGUCCGCCGCGGUCACAUGGUCUGUCCAAGAUGGCGGCGCCCGGCGCGACCUUCCGGCUCCUGGUGCCUCUGGGGCGCUCGCUGUCGUCCCGCCCGGUGGCGGCCGCCCGGGCUUACGGCGUGCGGGCCUCUGGGACCGGGGAGCUGGUGACACACACGGGGCAGGUAUAUGACGAAAAAGAUUAUAGAAGAGUUAGAUUUGUGGGACGACAAAAGGAGGUGAACAAGAAUUUUGCAAUUGAUUUGAUAGCAGAGCAGCCUGUGAGUGAAGUUGAAAGCAGAGUGAUUUCAUGCGAUGGUGGUGGUGGAGCUUUAGGACAUCCUAAAGUAUACAUAAACUUGGACAAAGAUACGAAGACCGGAACAUGUGGCUACUGUGGACUUCAGUUUAAACAGAAACAUCACUGAAAGAUCAUCCCUGCAUGCUUGCAGAUUUCUGUUCAGAUGUUAACUUUUAACUAUAAAUAAACUACUUUGAAACCCAA